CAGAGGUUUCUGGACGGGGCGCAUGUAAGCCAGCGAUGCGGAUCUGUGUCCGACCUGCGAGUCAGAGGAUGUGAAGAGGAAUUUAUCGAGAACCCGAAAGUGAAAGUGGAAGUAAACGCCACCAUCAGCAGCUCACAGGUGGCACCAAGAGAAAUCACCAUCCACCUACGACCAGGCAGCGAGGCGAGUUUUGUGAUCGAAGUUCAGCAGUUGGAACGAUACCCAGUGGAUCUGUACUAUCUUGUGGACGUCUCGGCCUCCAUGCAGGACAACCUGGAUCGGCUGAAGACGGUGGGUUUGGCUCUGUCUCAUCAGAUGAAGCAGCACUCCAGUGACUUCAGAGUGGGCUUCGGCUCUUUCGUGGAUAAACCAGUGUCUCCAUACAUCGACGUGCACCCUUCUAAACUACUCAACCCCUGCAGUGAAUACGAGGUUCACUGCAGACCGGCUCACGGCUUCAUCCACGUCCUCCCCGUCACCCAGAACAUGAGCGAGUUCACUAGAGUGAUCCAGGAGCAGAGGAUCUCAGGAAACAUGGACACACCGGAGGGAGGCUUCGAUGCCAUGCUGCAGGCCACCGUCUGCCAGAAGGACAUCGGCUGGCGUCCAGAAGCCAAGCAUCUGCUACUGGUUAUGACGGAUCAGCCUUCACAUCUGGCUCUGGACAGUAAACUGGCUGGUAUCGUGGUUCCUCAUGACGGCCGCUGCCACCUAGAGGACAACGUCUACUCUCAGACCAGCACUAUGGAACACCCGACAGUCGCUCAGUUGGCGGAGAAGCUUCUGGAAAACAGUAUUUACUCCAUCUUCGCUGUGGAUCAUCUGCAAUAUCAGUGGUAUGAGGAUUUAGUGGAUCUGAUUCCUGGAAGUUACGUGGGUCGACUGUUUCCCAAAGCAUCUAAUCUGAAAGAUCUAGUAGUGCAGGCCUACAAGAAGCUGCUGUCGGAUGUGGAGGUGCAGAUGGAGCUGCAGGACCCCCAGCAGGCUGAGCGUUUCUGGGUGAACGUCAGCGCGAUCUGCCCUGGAGGAUCCUCCGCUGCCGGAAACAGCAAAUGCUCCGGCGUUCAGCCCAAACAAACAGUGUUCUUUCAGCUGACAGUAGGCAUGCUCUCGUGUCCAGCUGGGUCAGCAGAUCAGGAUGUGUUGAUGCUUGUGCGGCCGGUGGGCUUCAAUGAGUCUGUGCGUGUGCGUAUUCGUCAGCUCUGCGGUUCCGGCUGCACUGAUCCCAAACCCGAACCCUCGUCCUGCACUACAAACGCUAGUGACUCCUGCAGAGAGCACAGAAACACCCCUGUCUGCAGUUCUAGAGGCGUCUGCCGCUGCGGGACGUGUGUGUGCGACUCCAGCAGAUUUGGGAACAUCUACGGGAAGUUCUGUGAGAUGGAUGAUUUCUCCUGUCCGUAUGAUGGAGGCCUGGUGUGUGGAGGUCAUGGCCGGUGUGUCAGAGGUGAAUGUGUGUGUUUCUCUGGCUGGACGGGUGAAGCCUGCGCCUGUCGUGAGUCCACAGACAGCUGUGUGUCUGAUGACGGUUUCAUCUGCGGCGAUCGGGGAAGGUGUGUGUGUGGAAAGUGUGUGUGUGACGAUCCGCGGCGAUCCGGAGCCUUCUGUGAGAAAUGUCCCAUGUGCCACAGCUCCUGUCAAUCACACUGGAACUGUGUGAACUGUCAUCUGUCGAAUGGACUCGGAUCUGAUGGUUUUCAGCUCUGUAAUCAAAGCUGCUCUCCAUUGGUGGACUAUGUUGAUGACAUCACAGAGCUGGUCCGGGGGAAAUACUGCCUGUAUCCCAGCACUGAUAAGUGUCAGUAUCGCUUUCUCAUGGAAUUGGCAUCAGAUGGAGCUCAGCUGCACAUUAGUCGACAUCCUGUGUGUGUUUGGAGCCGGCGGUACUUUAAGACCUUUCUCAGCGUCUUCCUGCUGACCGUCACACUGGGCAUCGGGAUGUUGGCCGGCGUCCGGCAGCUGCUGAGAGUUACAGGCCGCUCCUGCAUCUCCAAGACUGAGCCGCAGUUCGAGCACACACACAAGGACUCGUCUUACGUCCCAACGAGCAGUGAGAAGACCAUAACAUACAGGAGGGACCGUCUGCCCAAUCACCCGGUGGAGAUGCACACACACACACCCACACUUACACACAAGAUGCCCAUCGGGGACGCCUGGUAGUGCAACAAACACUACCUGAAAGAAAACACAAUCCUAAAGCACUUACUUCACCACAGCGGUACCUUCAGUGGCUUUACUGAGGCUUCUUUUCAAGUCUAAUUUAUUAUCUUCAGUGGCA